AGUCACAGCGGGCAUCUCUAACACCAUUUUUUCCCCUUCCAGUGUGUUCCAUGGGAAACAGUACCAGCCAGCUCUACAGCGCACUCACCAAGACGCUGAGCAGCAGCGCUGUGUCCCAGCACCAGGACUGCCUGGAGCAGCCGGACUCGGCACGUCUGGAUCCUAUAGACCCCAAGGACCUGCUGGAGGAAUGUCAGAUGGUUCUGCAGAAGCGGCCACCCCGCUUUCAGAGGAACUUUGUGGACCUGAAGAAGAAUGCUGCCAGUAACCACCGCCCCAUUCGGGUCAUGCAGUGGAACAUCCUUGCCCAAGCUCUUGGUGAAGGCAAAGACAACUUUGUUCAGUGCCCCAUGGAAGCUCUGAAAUGGGAAGAGAGGAAGUGCCUCAUCCUGGAGGAAAUCCUUGCGUACAAACCAGACAUCUUGUGCCUGCAAGAAGUUGACCACUACUUUGACACCUUUGAGCCGCUCCUCAGCCGACUGGGCUACCAGUGUACUUUCUUCCCAAAGCCAUGGUCCCCGUGCCUGGAUGUGGAGCAGAACAACGGGCCGGAUGGCUGCGCCUUGUUCUUCAUCAAAGACCGCUUUGAGCUCAUCAGCAGUGCGAACAUCCGGCUAACAGCCAUGAAGCUGAAGACCAACCAAGUGGCCAUAGCGCAGACGCUGAAGUGCAGCGAAACUGGAAGACUGUUCUGCAUUGCCGUCACUCACCUCAAAGCCCGUACGGGUUGGGAGAGGUUUCGGUCUGCGCAGGGCUGCGAUCUUCUCCAGAACCUGAAGAGCAUCACCCAGGGUGCAAAGAUCCCUCUGAUUGUCUGCGGAGACUUCAAUGCGGAGCCAACUGAGGAGGUCUACAAAGAGUUUUCCAACUCCAGCCUCAACCUAAACAGCGCCUACAAGCUGCUGAGCCCCGACGGGCAGUCAGAGCCCCCUUACACCACCUGGAAGAUCCGGCCAUCGGGAGAGUGCCGGCACACGCUGGAUUAUAUCUGGUAUUCCCAGCAUGCCUGGAUUGUGAACUCAGCCCUGGGCUUGCUGACUGAAGAGCAAAUAGGGCCCAACCGGCUGCCAUCAUUCAAUUACCCUUCUGAUCACCUAUCUCUGGUGUGUGACUUUAGUUUUAAUCAAGACCCUGACAGACUGCUGUAAUGUGUUGGAAUGCCACCUGGUAUUGCAGUGUCUUAACUCACCACUAUUUUAUUUGAGAGAGAACUUUUGAAGCUGGAAGCUAUUGAGGGAUGAGGAAAUACUGUUGACUAAACAUUAUUUCAGGCACUUGUUUGCAGUCACAUUUGCUAUUCAGUGCUUGUGAAUCUGGAGCCUCCAAGGGAGGAAGAAAGGAGUCUGUGUUCUCGUCAUGGUGUUCUUGCCAUGUCAGGGUUUGAAAACUAGAAGGCAAAUGAGCUUUACCCUUUCACUAACCCUGUGUUUAAGGUUUAAUCCUCUAAUGAAUGUGGAGGCUUUAGUAUUUAAAUCAAAACACUUGUGUUUGUAAAACAACUUGCCCUGACAGCAUGCUAGUUUUAUUUAUUUCAUGUU